AUGCCCAGCCCAGAUCGACAGCCACAGAUUGAUGGCUUUGGCUUGACCUUUCCAUUUCCCUUGCGGGUAGCAACUCUGUUAGUGGCCGGUUUUUGGGGAUGGGCGAUCAACUUGCACUUGCUGGCCAAAACGGAUAUUGAUGUCCCAGCAUUGAUUCGAUACCCCUCCUCCUCCGCCGCCUCCUCUUCUCAGCGAUCACACCAUGCCUCUGCCUACCGAUUAGCAUCCAUCUUGACGGUUCCACUUACCCUGUGGUUGGUGGUCUUUUGGAUCGUCACCCAUUGCCAAUACGAGCUGGUCGGUCGCUAUGAUUAUAUCCCGCAAUCGGUCUUCACCGUUCUUCUCCUCAUCCUCAUCUGGCCUUUCAAUCGCGCCUCUCGCGCAGGUCGCAUCCGACUCUUGUGGACCCUAAAGCGCGUCGCCAUUGGAGGUCUUGCAGAGGCGCAGGAUGGCAAAUUUGCGGAUGUCUUGCUGGCGGAUGCUUUGACUAGCUAUGCGCGAGUCUUAGCCGAUCUGUAUAUCAGUUUCUGCAUGUUCUUCAGCGAUUUUCUGUUUGCGACAUCCAAGCCGGACCGAGGUUGUGGAAAGGACUUUAUUACGCCGCUGAUUAUCGCAAUUCCGAGCGUGAUUCGACUGCGCCAAUGUCUGACCGAAUACUUCCGCGCACGUCGCGCGACUUCGCGCCGAGAACAGAGCAAGGCGAGCCAGCAUCUUGCUAACGCAUUAAAGUAUUCCACGGCGUUCCCUGUCAUCUACCUGAACGCGAAACUCCGCAAUUACAAUCCCUUUUAUUUCCACGGCUUUAGCGAAGUGACUAUUAUCCGUCUGCUAUUCAUCUUCUCCUGUAUCAACUCUGGCUAUUCUUUCUGGUGGGACGUCGUCAAAGAUUGGGACUUCACUCUGUUCUCCUCCAAACGACUAGACCGAGAACAUCCAUAUGGACUGCGACGGCAUCGUGUCUUUUCAUCUGAUCGUUUAUAUCACGGUGUCAUCGUCGCCGACUUGCUGCUUCGCUUUUCAUGGCUCUGGCGGGUGUUGCCAGGUCUUGCGUGGCUGUCCGAGACCGAGUCGGGUCUCUUCCUCCUGAUGUUCCUCGAAGUUGCGCGACGCUGGAUGUGGGUUUUCUUCCGUGUGGAAGCGGAGUGGCUCCGCAACACGCAAGGUCCUGCUCUGGAUGAUGUCCUCCUCGGAGACUUGAGUUACAAGCUCGAUGCCGAUUAA